AUGACCAAUGACUUGUUUCGAGAUACAGGCCUUGUGUCAGACGAUGAGGCACUCCCGGAUCGCAGAUUCAUUGACCGCUUGCACAAAUUAAGCGUGGUAUCGUCCGACUCUGAAGACUCUCGCCCUGAGCUGGUUAUAUCAACUUCUAGAAGGCAGCAGCCAAGGAAACAGUCCCGCCCCCUACAAUACCACGCAAGCAAGACCAUCCCGAAGAGUGAUCGAAGCUAUUCCAACGGUCAUCGGAACAGGCCAGGCACUUCAGAGAAUGAGCUCUCUGGAACGGAGUCGGCCCCGGAUGGGAGAACGAAGGGCUUGCGGUACAGAGCCGGACGGUCUGACAGGCUUUCAGGAUAUGCGGAAGACGGUGUCGAGGAUCCGGCACUGCUCCCAGCUGCGAAACGCCAUCAACCUGGCUCCGCAAGGAGCUCAAUAUCGAUUGCAAAUGCAGCUCAUUCCGGAGGGACUGUAGGGUGCAACACGAAACGGAGCCGAGAUCUUGCGCUUCCGAGCGGUGAUCAAGAUGUCGACAGCGACACGGAUGGCACGGCCGAGUUGCCCCCGCGGGCCAGCAAACGCUCCAAGGCAGCAGACAUCUCGCUCAAGCUCGCAUGCCCCUUCUUCAAGCGCAAUUCCGAACAGAAGAUGCCGAGCCGGGCCUGCUUCGGCCCAGGCUGGGAGACAGUCCACCGUGUCAAAGAGCAUCUCUAUCGCUGCCACGCCGCUCCCAAGUUCAAAUGCCCGCGGUGCUGCAAGCCCUUCGCCACCCACGCGGCCCUGACCGCCCACCAGCGGUCCGCGGCGCCCUGCGAGCUCGAGGAGCACGACGACCUGAACUGCUUCGACGCCGACAAGGAGGCCGCGCUCCGCUGCAGGAAGCGAGGCGGCGCCAGCAAGCCGGAGGCGGGCAAGUGGAUCGCCAUGUUUGCGAUCCUCUUCCCAGACGAUGACGAGUCCAAGUAUCCCUCCCCUUAUUACGAACAUGCUCCGCAAAGGCGGCCCGGUCCUCCGCCAGCCAGUUCCGAGAAGGACCUCCUGUCCCGGUUCGACUCCUUCGCGCGCCGCUCGAUACCGGAGAUUGUAGAGCAAGAGGGCGGCGCUGUCGAUCCCAAAGACCCGGCCAUCGAGCGCUCAGAGAUGACCGAUCUCGUGCUGAGAGUCCACAGCAGACUCAUGCGGAUGUACUCGCAGCAGUGUCAAGCAAGGUCACCCCCGAGGGAUUUGGAAGACCCUGCGCCAGCUGCUGCUGCAGAUACAAAUGGCACCGACCCGGAUGGCAGGGGUCACGACCACGUCGACGUCCUAUCAGAGCAGACUUGCCGCGACAAUACCAACCUAGACGAUACUAUAGACUGGAGCAUUUUUGAUUUCAGCACUGUUGAGAAUCAUGAGUCCAGCCAUGAAAUAGCAGGUCCACACCACAGCAUAGACGAUCUACCCUUCGACUAUUUCGUGGACCUCGGCGGACCCGCGAGAGGGUUACAGCUCGAGCCAGAACCUACGGCCGUUGACGAUUCGGGCUAUAUUUCCGGAGCGUUCAACAUGGAAGAUCCCAAGAGUCGGCAAGAGCCUGAUAAGAAGAAGCAACCGGGCGUCGAAAAUUGGGGGUUGUAUAUCUAG